CCAUGGAUGGGGCCCUGGGCAGCCUGAGCUGGUGGUGGGAACUGAAACGGUGUGAUCUUUAAGGUCCGUUCUAACCUAAGCCAUUCUAUGAUUUUCUUAGUUAACUCAUUCUAUGAUUUUUCUAAGUUUCUGUGUAAAACUGGCCCCAGCACUGACUCCUAUGACCCCACUGCUGCCUGCUGUCUAUCCUGAAAAAUGACCAUUGUGCUGUGCUCUUUCCUUCCUGCUUUUUAGACAGCUCUAACUUUCCUAUCCCGUAACCAUUUGGGAAGUCCUUAAAAUGGCCUUUCCAAAGCUGACUCUAGGAUGACUUAGUUUUAUUAAUGACCCCAGGUAUGGAGCCUCAUCAAAGACUUUUUGCAAAUCUUCGUGUAUUGUGUCCACUGGAUGUCCUUCAUCCAUUAAACCUCAGCAUAUAGGGGAAUGCAUGUUAUACACAUGUUGUGACUGAAGAUAUAAAUCACGAGAAAUGUAUACUUUCGUGGGCUCACAGCCCCAGAAAUGAAGUGGGAGAAUCUCAGCAUUACGGGACCUCGUCACUGAUGUCCAGCAAUGGAUGAUUUAGCUGCAUGUCGUACAUUUGAAAACUGGUCCUAAUUCCAAGUGUUCUUAGUUCCAGUAUUUACUUGAAUUCUGCUCUUCUCUGCCAGUCCAGAAUGUAAUAUAAUUCCUAGAAACACCUGUUGUCACUGGAUCUGGUUCAUCUGCUGCGUCCUGCGGGAGAGGCAGUGGGUGAGGUGUAUGCACUUCUGUGUUUGCCCUUGGUUUGCUUUGUUCAAGAACGCUCAGAUGGCAAUUUCCUCUGGCUGUCGGUACUGCCAUGUCAACGGGAGCUAUGGGAGGGGGGGGAGGAAAUGGGAUUGAUGUGUUGUGGGGGCAGAGGCUGUACAGGCAGAAAGAGCAAUGCGAGGAGGAACUAAAAGCUUCCUGUCAAAGGCUGCAGGCCAUUCCCUCACUUCCAGCAAGUGCUCAUUGCUGCCCGGCACGGACCGUUCCCUCUAGCAGAACACAGGAAUUUCAGUUUCACGUCGGAGGACACCGAUUUGUUCAUGCGCAGCCUCAGAUUGACCGCGUUCACCUGGCUGUGCCUGCCGAGGGAUGCUCUGCCAUGAGACUGUACCUCGGGUCCGGGCCAUCAGCACCGCAACCUCAACUAGCUUCGAUCUCGGUGUUAUUUGAAUUAAACGUGCCACGCAUUUUAUCCUACAGCCGCACUCCUUGUGUCUGCGAUGUGAACGUCCCAUCGCUUCUCCACCAGCUCCGCCGCAGCUCCCACGGAGCAACCCCCCCUGGAAGGCACGCAGCUUUAACCCCAUAGAUCGCUGCGUCAGCUCCAACCCCGCGGCCGCUCGGGGGCGGGUGCCCCUCGGCUCAGCCCCUCCGGCACCGGAGCGGCUCCGGGCGGUGUCACAGAGCCCCAGCUCCGACUCCGCCCUCACACUGCGCUGCGAUGGGGCCAAGCUGGGUGCUGCUGGCCGCGCUGCUCCGCGCCGCGGGCGGACGGAAUUAUUCACUGCCUUACACACCACAGUCUGCGCAAUGCAAAGACCCCAGCACUGAAUUCUAUGAAGAAAGACUUAACAAAUGUUGUAGCAAGUGCCCUCCAGGGCAGCAUAAGGCAGAGAGCUGCAGUCACAGCGUGGACACAAAAUGCAUCCCUUGUUUACCUGACACCUACACAGCCGUCUGGAAUCGGUCUCCUCAGUGCUUCGCUUGCUCACCGCUCUGCAGAAAAGGAUUUGUAGAGUAUCAAAAGUGCACGCUAUCACAGGACAGAAUCUGCAGCUGCCCGCCCAACGAGUACUGCAUUUCAAAAAUAUACCAAAACUGCCAUAUAUGUGAAGUGCAUAAAAAAUGUGGGAAAGGUUACCGAGUUUCCAGAAAAGGAACAGAUAGCACAGACACAGAAUGUAAGCCCUGCCCCCCCGGCACUUUUUCAGAUGAGGAAUCUUAUGAUACCAGUUGCAUACCACAUACAGUUUGUAAAUCAGUGGCUAUUCCAGGAAACAACGUGAAUGACACUGUUUGCCAUGACUCAGUGGCCACAGUGCUACCUCACACUGUGGUAAACCUCCUGAGCCAAAGCUCAACUUCCAACCAACAUGAAUUAAAAACUCAGCCUGUCAUUCUAAACUCUGCACCUGACAUGUCUUACAUCAUUGGAUCAGUUACAGGGCCGUUGUUAUUGGUGCUGAUAAUCGCUGUUUUAGGGUAUUGCUUGUUCUCCAAAAAAAAAGCCCUUGCGUACUCGCAACCAACUGGAGCAGCGGAUUCGCCUUUUUCCCCUACUGAGAAGCAGUGUGACAAAAAAGUAAGAAAUACAGGAUCACAAAACUCCAGCAGUUCCGAACAGGAGGAGCAGCAUCUCUUGGAAACUCCUGGCUCAAGCAGCAGCUCCCUGGAUAAUCCAGCUGGGUCUGCAAGAGUCAGUGUAAUAAAUACCAAGGACAAUGAUAAGAAAGAAAGUUUUCAACAGCAUUAUUUAGCUGUGGAAGGGUGUAAGCUUCACUGUGGAGACAGGCACAGCUCUGCAAGUUCAGAACUCUCAGGUAAUGGAGGAACGCAGGUGAAUGUGACUUGUAUUGUUAAAGUCUGUAAUCCAGAUUGUGGCUCCCAGUUUCCAGAACAGAGUAGUCCAACUAGCAUGGAUUAUGGAAGUGCUCAAUGUUCUCCGACAGGGGUAGAAGUUCCCCUUUCAAAAGAAGAAAACCCCUUGAAAAAAGAAACUGAAAUUCAGAUAUUGGUAUAAGCCAAGGACAGUUUACUUCAGGAUUUACUCCCAGACACAAAGAAGCGUCUUCUGGGUAUUAAACAUAUGGGGGUGAAAACUGUUUAAAGGAGAUGACAGAUUUUAUUCUGAUUGACUGAUAAUCAGAUCACCCCUUAUGUUCGAAACCAAACGUUAAAUGUAGCAUUUCUACAGAGAUUUGAAAUCUCAGAUGAAUAUAGACAUUUAUUUUUUGGGGUUUUUAAUGUCUUCUUUGUCAGCUCUGAGAGUCAAAAGAUGAUGGUUGCAAUUUUGAAGAAGUUACUACUUUUUAAUGCUUUUCCUUAUAAACUGAAUGACCAACUCCUCCCUUCCUUCCGUGAUAUCCUGAAGAAACCUUUAGUAGCUUUAAAACGAAAUAUCUUUCUAACUUUAUGUCAUUGACUUCUCUCUGAAACUUCUUGUGAUGGUUAUCUGGGUUCAGGUCAAGAACACAACUGUGACCGCCACUUCUGAAACAGCCUCCCAGAUGUUCCUCUUAUCACUGCACUUUGCUUUCCCUCGUUAUUGGACCAAACUUUUCAAAUAACCCUUAAGUAAGUGUCUCAAGGAAUGUCAACUUUUACAGGAGGUUUUUUUUUUUUUUUUGCUAGAUUAUGAAGAUUGUGUCUAAACAAUAGCAUUAUUUCAUUUAGCUAUACAUAGCUCAUUUUAGUUUAGAAAAGAACAUGCAGUUUUUCUUUGAGUAGGAAAUAAUUCCUUCUAUUGACAGCUCUACAGUCUCUCAUCUUUGUGUCCUGACUGAUUUCAUAUGGUUUUCUCAUUGAUUCUGACCUCGUUUUUGAGGUUACAAAAGUAAACCAUCAACCCCAAAUACUUUUCCCUGCAUUCCAGUGGAUAGUAGAGAAGAUCCAGAUGGAUAUGUGUGCUAGGCAGCUAACCCCCACCAAUCUCAGGAAAAGAACUCUCUUGAAGGUUGCAUAGAGUAAUCUGUAAAAACUGGAAGUGACUCAGACCUCAGAACCAGAAAAUCCUGUUCCAUCCUUCUCUUGUUGCUCAGUGCUGAAGAUCCGUCCACCCACUUAGAGAAAAUCAGUAGAACAGCAUCUACUCUACGAAUGCAGACAAGAAUCAGAUUUUUAAAACUCAUACUUUAAAUUUGCAUGUAACCAAAGAGGUUUCUUAAUAUUUCUAGAACUGAGAACUGGCAAAUAGGUCUUUCAUCCUACUAUGAAGAAAUAUUUUACAACUUCGUAUUAAACUUGAAGGUCAUUUUCAGAAAACACUUUGCAAAUGGAAACACAAACUAUUAAAAAAAAUCGAAGAAUCUGUGCAAAAACAAACAAAAAACCCAACCAACCAAACAAACCAGCAAACAAAACCUGGUUUUAUACAAAGCUUUGACCCUUUUCUGUUGUACAGAGGAUUUUAAUUUCUUACUCAACAGCUCCCAGGGCUGGGACCACAUUGAAGGAGCAGUGGCAGAUUUUUGAAGAAGUUUUCAAUUAUGUUAUGGCAGUUAGUUUUCUGGGUUUUCAGAUUAUGGAGCAGUGUGACAGAAGGAAAAUUCGAUUUUUAUGUUGAAGUAUGAGAAAUGUGCUUGUAUUUGUUAAGAAAAAGAUAAACAGUGUAUUUUUAUACUUUUAUAUCUUUGUUUUCUACUUCCCUACUACACGAAAAUUCUGCUUUUUAGAAUGGGUUGUUUCAUUCUAUAGGCUAAACCAGUGCUUUCAAAAUACUUUUAUUUCAUAGUACUUAAUUAAAAGAGGAUUGAUCCA